UAAAACCUAAAACCCUUGAAAAAUAAAUCCCUAAAUCGUCGGCCACUGGGCGCGAAGAUCUUCGCGAGAAUCGUCCGAUGAAGACGGUGACCGGAAGAGUCAUCAGCGCAGGGCCCAUCUCCGUCUCAAAAGCGGCGUCGAUUCUCUCCAAAUUCGCGUCCUCCGAGAACGGCGCAACGCAAGCUGUAUGCGCGUACCUCCGACGCGCCACCGUGGCCUUCAACGAGCUGAAGGGUAUUCACAGGGACCUUAAAGCUUCGAACUUGAAGGAAAAGAAGCCCAGAUCCGAUGUUACGUUGGUGCGAAACCCGACCCUUGCAUCCGACGAACCGGGUCGACCCGACGAUAUGAGCGAGGGAGCUUACGAUGGAAAUCAUCAUCAGAAGAAGCUUAAAAAGAAGGAGAAGGAGAGUGGAGGAGAUGGUGAUUUGGUUAAUAGUGGUGGGGAGAUUGGUGGUCGGGAGAGUAAGACCGUGGGGGAGCAGGAGCGGAGUCAUGAACGAGUACAGGUGAGUCAAGGACCGAGUCGGGAUGGAGAGAGUGAGAUAAAAGAGGGGAAGAAGAAGAAUAAGAAAAAUAGAGAAGGUGAUGAAAACUUUGAUGGCGGAGAAGUAAAAACGAGAGUCGAAGCAGAAGACGAGCAUAGGAAGGAGGAGAAAAAGGAGAAGAAGAAGAAAAGGAAGAGUGGUGGAGAAAUAGGUUCCGAGGAGAAGAAGAGCAAGAAAAAGAGACAGGUGAAGGAGUAAGAUAGUUGAAGUUGGUCGCUUUUGGCGAUUCUAGUUGAAGAUGGGGAAAUUUUUCCAAAUUUUGGGUGAACGAAGGCGGUUCUUAUUCUAAGAAGCCUGCAACCAUCACAAUUGCCUUGGCUUGUGACCUAUGGCUUAGCAGUUGGGGUAUUCAGGUCUGG